CUCCACCACUUCAGUCAUCUGGGCGUGAUGUGCGAGUAUUGAUUAGACGCACGAGCUAACGUCAAACGCGGUGCCAGAACACGUCGUUGAAGUCUCCCGUCGGAGUGAUUUGUUGCGUGAAUUAGGAGCGGUUCUGUGUGGAGCGCAGAGAACACAAAGAAUACGAAAGCUGUGCGUGUGUGUGUGUGUGGGUGAGAACAAAGUGAAGCCAUCAAAAUGGGUGGCAAGUUGAAAUGUGGUUGGUGGUGCUGUGUGCUGUGGCUGUGCUCGUACGGGUUCGGAUGUCUAAAGGCAGAAACGAUACAUUUUACCAACUCUCCGAAGCUGAUCAUGGCGUCGAAGAACUUUACCACGUACGAAAUUGAGGUGCCCGGUUCGAAACCUAUCACCAUCAUCGAAGCCACCGAUCCGUACGAUCGUGGCUCGUCUAAUGGGCGACCGUUGGACACGUUCCCCAAGGAAGUGCAACUGCCCGGUGGUCCAACGACAAGCUUCCGGACGAGCACCGGACUAAGCGUAAGCAGACCUGCGAACGAACAGAGCUCGGCUUCCUCCAGCGAACAAUCGACCGGUUCCCGAAAAACGCUCUACUCACCGGAGCUGUUGAACAAAUUUCUCAAAGAGUACUCCGAGAAGCUGCGCAACGCUGAUUCCGCCACGAGAAAGCGCCUGAACGAGAUCACGAUGAUCAACAACAGCGUUAAUCGAAACCAGAACGAGCUCCCAGGUGUGGGAAGUGCGGACGAGAAUCAGUACAGAAAUAAACAUCCCCACCUGGAUGCUAUUCAGGCCGAGAGUCAAAACGACACCGACGAACGCUUGCCGGUAGAUGAGCCAAAAACGGAGGACGAGUUCGUGUUUAACGACACACACGAGCGGCAUGUGAUGAGCGGUUUGGGAGCUACCAGCAACAAGCGCUGGUACCAGGAGCCAGCACUGGGGGGCUAUCAAACGCAACCCCAACAAACCCACAGCCACAAAAACCACCCGUGGAACAUUAAGGACGGUUGGGUGAGUCUCGAAGCAGUGCCGUGGUCUGAAAGUAAGGUAUCAAAGUGGCACGCUAGCGGUUCGAUGUCGGAGUUGAACAAAAACUCGCCCGGAAAGGUUACGGCGAUGCAGCACGCUUUGGACAAGUACUGGAACACGGGUAGUGUAGCGAGUGAGGAAACUCCUAAGUACAAACCAGUCGCUACGUCGGGAUCGAUCGGUUCGUCGAGCUACUACAACGGGAACGGUGACGAUGACUACGGGUAUGGAGCGUUGCAUAGCGACAAUAGAGCACCGGUGAACCGGUUACCACCAAGCUCGGUAACUCCUACCGAGUCGCUCUACAACCGAAGGCGUCCCAUCGCAACGCUCUACAGCGAUCGUCCGGAUCCGGAGCGUGGCAGACCGACAGCUCCUCCGCAACCACAACUUGACAGCUGGUACGAUCAGCAGCUGCAUACGAGCAAUCCGUACGAUUCGAUGAAAGCUUACCACGACCAGGGUCCCAAUCCCACGGCCAGCAUCUCCAAUCGCGACAUCAUCACCGAUGGUCGUCCGGCAAAUUUCCCCAAAUUUGCUCCAGAUCGUCCCGGACAGGGCGGCGGAUACAGUGUCGACGACCACAAUCCACCGAGCGAACGAGUACGACCAGUUUCCUACCCCGAUCGUGGCAACGGCGAAUGGGUACUGAUCUCCACCACCAAAGGCUACCAAUAUCCCAAACGACGGCACGGACAGCGUGCGAUCACGUUCUCGCCCGCCACAUCCACCAGCCAUCAGACGGUCAAGCUGACGGUGUUGCCCAUGAAGAAUGCAAUCGAUAUGACCACCUCGCACAACGGGCUUAUCGAGGUGUCCUCCUCGACACAAACGGUUGAGGAUGCGGUAAAGCAGCAAAAGAGCAAACGCAAGGGUCAGUAUCCCGGUUCGACGGCAACCAGUCUCGUGGGUCAGAAGAAGAAAAAACAUUCGGCAGCGGUGUCACCUGCGGGCCAAACCUUCUCACUAAUGCGUCGCGAUGCGUCCCAGGACAGUUCGGCCGUGUUGGCGGCAGUUGGUGCGGGUAUGGUACCGGCCACUAUGGCCAUCCUGGCACCGAUGGUACUUGGGCGAAAGAAAAAAUAA